UUACCAUUCUAGCAAAAUUUUUAAACCGCGUAUUUACGUUAGUCGUUAGGAUCACAAAAUUUGAACUUUACACUCACAAAUACGCAUACCGUCAAAUCCAGUCGCACCCGCACCCAAAAAACGCGUGAAUUACACAUUCCCGCAUAGAAAUGGCAUCAAAGUUCAAACAGCUACAGAUGGAUUAUAUACCUUCCUUGCUAGCAGUUUCCGCAAACUGUUAACUUACCCUCUGUGACACAGAGAGAGAGACAGGGAAGGGAGAAGAGGAGAGACAAUAUAAUAUUUUCUCUCUCAGAGAUCUCUAAUAUAUAAAGCUUCUGAUAACCCUUUCUCUUUUGUUACCUCUCUCUCUUUCUCAGAGAGGAAAAGGAAAGAUCGCGUUUUCUUGGAAUGAAAUCACCAAGAACGAGAAACAAGUAAGCCGUGUUGAUCUUUCCCCUUGUUCUAAAUCUUUGUAUUUCCAUUUCAAUUACACAUUUUCUCAUUCUUUCUCCUAAUCUCUUCGCUGUCCCUUUCACUUCCAAUGCCAAUCACUGCUGUAUAACAACCAUUAAUACUCCAUCUAUCAAUUUCGCCCAUCAAUCCUAACACUUCCUUCUUUAAUCCACAUUCAAUAAUCACAAUGGGUCUUUUCCGGCUACUCCCUGCGGUUUUCUUCCUUUUGGUUGCUGUUCUUUCUGCUUCCUUCUGCCUCGGGAUUCGUUCCAUACCGGGGAGAGCAGUCAAUGUCGGUGGUGGUCUUGAACUGGUUGGGCUCCGAUUCGCUGAGGCGCCGGACUACCGUAAUGGAAUAGAAUGCUCAGUGUCGGGCAAUAGACAAUUCGUAUCUUCUUGUGACCCUUCUUUGGUUCACGUAGCUAUGACUCUGGACUUGGAGUAUCUACGAGGUUCAAUCGCCGCUGUUCACUCCGUUCUUAAACACGCUGCCUGUCCAGAAAACGUCUUCUUCCAUUUUAUUGCGGCGGAGUUCGAUCCGGCGAGUCCGCGAGUUCUGGCCCAACUUGUUCGAUCCACUUUCCCUUCACUCAGUUUCAAGGUUUAUAUAUUCAGAGAAGACACCGUUAUCAAUCUAAUCUCUUCAUCAAUCCGUCAAGCCCUAGAAAACCCACUAAAUUACGCAAGAAACUAUCUCGGGGACAUCCUGGAUCCCUGCGUUGACCGAGUCAUUUACCUGGACUCCGAUGUGGUUGUUGUGGACGACAUACACAAGCUCUGGAAUACAACCCUUGCUGGGUCAAGAAUCAUUGGCGCACCUGAGUAUUGCCACGCCAAUUUCACCAAGUAUUUCACUGAUGGGUUCUGGUCCGACCCUGUUCUUUCUCGGGUCUUCUCUGCUCGGAAGCCGUGUUACUUCAACACUGGGGUAAUGGUGAUGGAUUUGGUGAGGUGGAGAGAGGGGAAUUACAGGAGGAGAAUAGAGAACUGGAUGGAGAUACAAAGGAAGAGGAGGAUUUACGAGUUGGGUUCACUGCCACCGUUUUUAUUGGUGUUCGCCGGUGACAUAGAGGCUAUUGAUCACCGGUGGAACCAGCACGGGCUCGGCGGGGAUAAUGUGAGAGGGAGCUGCCGGUCAUUGCAUCCUGGUCCAGUUAGCUUGCUCCAUUGGAGUGGGAAAGGGAAGCCUUGGGUUAGACUAGAUGGCAAGAAGCCUUGCCCUCUUGAUCAUCUGUGGGAGCCUUAUGAUCUCUACAAAGGGAACGAGAAUGCUAGAGUGAAGGAUCAUUCUCUGGGGUUUUUGAGUUCUUCUCAAUCUACAAUAAUGGGUUACUCGAGUUAUUUAUGAUUCUUUUGAUUUUGUUUUUUCAAUUUUUAGCUUACAAAUUUGAAGAAAUUCUUUCCUAGAUGUGUACAUAUAAGGAAUGGGGAUUGGAUUGGCAACUGGGGAGGAGAUUGAUGGGUUUUUAAUUUUUAUUUAAUUUCGUGAUAAAUUCAUGUGGCUACAGGAUUUUAAUUCCUUAUUUUAGGGGUUCCAUUGCUUUGGAACAUUUUUGGUGGGAUAAUGGUUUCUUUGUAUGUAAUUGAAUCAUUGGAGGAGAUAAAGAGAAGAAUAAUACACAGUUUGUUCACUGUUCAAUUCAA